UGCCCCCUGCCGCAUCCGGCAGCUCCCCUGCGAGCAGAGAGAGGUGGGGUGGGAGAGCUGCAGCAGAAAGUGCCCGGGGCUGCAGGUACAGAGCCACCAGCUGCAAAAACGCAGCCCUGCAGGGCUCGGCUGCACCGCUGCCUCCUGGGGAAGGCGAAAUUUGGGGCAAAACCCCAGAGGGUUUGGUUUCUUUUGGCUGUUUUCAGCCACUGCAGCUCGGGGAUGCUUCCUGGCAUAGGCACGAGCGGCCGAUGCAUGCGGAGAGGACCCGCGCUGCCCUACACGAUGGGUGCAGCGGGGGCUGCUCCAUCCUUCUGACAGCCCCAGCGGGCGUGGGGCAGUGAAAACCCAAGCUCUGGAGCGCAGCGUCCCAGGGCUUAGGAGCUGAAAAGCCAAAUUCUUAGCGUGGCCACCGUGAAGCCCGCAGCCAGCACCGCCGGGUGCCACCAGCACCUCCUGCUUCACCCAAAAACCUUCCCCCCGCGGCCAGCGCGUGGCUGCUCCCCCUCUGAGCCCCCGGCGCUGGCUCUGGGUGCAGGAGGCUCGAGCUGGCCCGAGGGCGAUGCGAGGAGCACGUCGCCACUCGCUGCACGUGGCCGGGGUCCAGCAGCUGGGGACCUGAGCCCUUGGCGGCUCAGUUAGCAGCUGGUUCUUAAUCAGCCUUUUGCAAACGUCCUUUUGAAGGUACUGCACGUGAAAUCUGUGUUUUUUUCCCCCUUCCUUUUUAGCUGUGUGCCAUGCCAGGGGCUGCUGCCCGCGGCGAUGCGCCCCGGGCAGCCCCAGGAGCGCGUCCUGCUGGCGCCGCGACUGCUGGCAAGCGAAAGCUGCACGCGGGAGGGAAAAAAGCCUGAAAUCACAUCUUUUUUUGCAAAAAAAUUACGUAAAUAAAUAAAUCAAGGCAGUCCUGCAGCGCUGUCUAGCACCUUCCAGCUCCCUUUGCUGUGGCUGCAGCCAUCAAACAAACCCCAUUAGCUGUCCUGGCUGGCGCGGUGACGUAGCCGCGCGUUGGCAGCCCCCCCCCCUCCCCCCGUGUCCCUCUGCCAGCUGGAUUCAUGGCAAACGGGGCAGGUGUCUGCAGCAAAAACAUGCCUCAAACCUGCUGGCGAGGCUCCGGCUGCCAGCUGCUCUCAGGCGGGAGGGAAACUGCUCCCUGCAGCCAGGGGCAUGGGGACAGAGGUCCCGGUGCGACGGCCGGGAGCUGGGCUCACGUUUGGCACGGGAUGCACAAGCUCUGCGCCUGCUCCGAGCCCAGAUCUUGGCCCAGGAGCUGCUGGAGCAGGCUGGGAGCUGCCACGCAUCCCUCCUGGAGCUGGAGACUCCAACCCCUGGGGUUGGUGGCACGGAGGGGACGUGUCCCCGGCGCAGCGCUCGGUGCUGAUAAGCAGCUGGUUAAUGUGUAACGGGACGGCCUGGGGCAUGGAGAGGCCCCACCAUGGGGCCUGCAGGCAGCGGGACCUUCCUCGGGAUGUCCUGAUCCCAAGGAGAAAGGCAGCAGCAGGCACCUGGAGACCCUCCUGGAGACCCUCCAGGAGCCCAAGGAGGUGCCUCGGUGGUUCCUGGACAGUUCCUGGGGCAGCAAAGGGUGCUUGGACACCCCACUCCUCCCAUGGGGUCCCUGCUCGUGGCACCCCAGGGCACCCCUGGGUGCCUGCGCCAACGUCCUGCUGCCGGCACCCCCGUCCCUGCCCUUGCUUUGACGCAGCCCCGCUCACCUGCGUCGGCUUCCUCAGGACCCCCGGCCCUGGGGGCUCCUUCCCCGGUGGCCACCUGGGGUUCCUUGUCCUUGUCCUUGUCACCCAGCUCCUUGUCACCCACGUGCCAGCCUCCGUCCUCGGCACCCGCCUGGCCUCACAGCCGGCUGAAAGCCGAGGUGCUGCUUCGGGGAGCAGACCCCGCUCCUCCUCUUCCUCGCUACCUUUGCUCCGGGCCUCUUCCCCCCCGGCAGCAGUGGGUCGUGCUGCCCAAGGCCCCCCAGCACCUCGGGCACGAGGCUUCGCUCCGGGUCCCCCCAGGGGUGGCAGCGAGGGGGGAAUCGAGCCCGUUACUGCCCGGGCUCGGUGGGGAGGGAGCGGAAAACAGCUGAGCUUUACGACAGCCCGAUCCGUCACCGCAGGAGGAGAGGGGCUAAGUCGGUGCUUUAAAAAUAGCCAGCAGUAUUUUUGAUCCCGAAAGCUGGAUUCCAGUGGG